AUGGCGGGUUCAGAAUCAGCACCACCAGCAGAACCAGAAAUCGAAAACCAACUCUCUUCUCUCAUCUACGAGAUAUCGAAUGAAGCUCAAGGAAUAAUGGAGAACAUGCUUAAGAUGACAGCUGAGAUUAAUCAAAAUUCUGCAGUGAUAGAGGAGGAGAUCGAGAAAUGUAAAUCUUCUGCCGUUGAGAGGAAAACGGCUUUAGAUGAAGAGAAAAAUCACUUCCAGAAAGCUGCUUAUGCUGUUCUCGACAUGCUUAACAGAGAUUAA